GUUGGGUCUCUGCUUCUGCUUCUGCAAAGCUAUGAAACUGGGGGGGACUGGCUGGGAAGAUAAGUACUCGAAUUUAUUUUUAAAUUAACUGUAUUGCCUAGCAGAAAACCAUGGGCAAUUUCAAAGGGCAUGCCCUCCCUGGAAGCUUUUUUCUUUUUUUUGGCCUAUGGUGGUCAGUGAAGUAUCCACUGAAGCAUGCCUGUCGAAAAAACAAGAAUAUUUGCUACUUUGGUUCCAGGGCAGGAUUCCAGCGCCUGGAGUUUGUUGAGGGCAUCAUCAAGGCUGUCUUUGCCCUCAUUGGCAUGGUGGCUGAGCAGUUUGUUCCUGAUGGACCUCAUCUGAAGCUGUACAACUAUGAGAAGAAGCACUGGGAUCACUUGAUGAACUGGCAGCAUGCCACCAUGUACCUCUUCUAUGGCAUUUCAGGGCUAGUGGACAUCGUGGCACAUGGGACCAACGCGCUGCCAGCGGCCAUGGACAGGAUGAUGCUUUCCUUAGCAGUCUUUAUUGAAGGUUUUCUCUUCUGCUACCAUCUUCAUGGGAGAGCCAUGCUGGAUGUUCAUGUUCAUCAGUUACUGCUAUUUGCUAUCUUUGGAGCUGCUGCCUGCAUAUUUUUGGAAGUUUUUUUCCGUGGCAGUAUUGUGUUAGAGAUGCUCCGUACAAGCCUCUGCAUAUUACAAGGCAGCUGGUUCUGGCAGAUUGGUUUUGUGCUUUAUCCUCCAAAUGGGACCCCAGAGUGGAAUCAGACGGAUCACACUAACAUGAUGUUCCUGACCAUGUGCUAUUGCUGGCAUUAUGCCUUUGCUUUUCUUAUACUUGCAGUGAAUUACACAAUUGUCAGCUGGGCAGUCCGUUCAAAGGUUAAGCAGUCCCAGCCCAUGGAAAUGGGUUUACUGAAAACAUCUGAACGAGAUCAUGAGUCAGAAGAAGAAAUUUAGCAUGAAUAUGGCUUGACCAGUUUGCCCACUCCAACCAUUAGGCUAAUUGAUACCUCAUUUCUACAUUUUUUUGCCAUCUUAUUCAUUCUUUACUACGACUUGCUUUGCAAGUAUUGAUCCCCUGUGAUAUCUACGUCUACAGUUUUUUGGGGUUUUUUUUGUGAAGGUGAUUUUUUUGUAAGGAUUAACUUGCUGUUAAUCCGUGGUGGUUGCAUGAGUACCUUGCUUAUCAUAGACUGCUUCACAGAAAAUGAGAUAAGUAUUGGACAGACUUGGCAUGGAGGAGGUGGCACAAUGAAGUCUGUAUGUUUGCCUUAUUAAAAGCUAAGCAAAAUGUUUUUCAGCCAUUGCUGGACAUAAAGUUUCCAUAAUUAGGGUGUCUAAAUAUGCAUGUCGGUUGCCCUGCAAGUGCCUGUGGAUAAAUAACUGUGCAUACCUGGAAAACAGUAGAACAAGAUAAAGAAACAGUCUUGCAGCUGUCUUGUGUAAAAA